UGUUGACAGUUGCGGGGUUACACCUUCACUGUUGAUAAAGAUUUCUCUCACUGCAGUUUCUUUUACCUGGAGUAAAUGGCAACACAUCGAAGGUGGAUACACAGUAGAGAUGUUUUAAAAAGCAGCGAGGACAGUUCAGUUGCAGUGCCUCACCCGUCACUUCUCACGGAGUGGGUAGAUGACAUGAAACUAUGGCCCGAUGUUAGCUACAUCGACAUUAUUAAUUACCUUGUAUUUUCCAAAGGCGUUGAUGGCGAGGAAUUACGUAAUUACAAGAGCACCGAGGCGUAUAAUUACCUGCACAGCAACAAAAUUGAUAAAGUACUGCUCAACAAACAAGGCGACUUUAUUUUUCUUAAAGCAGCUGUAGAGCCGAGCCAGAGCAUUAAUCAAGCGAAACACUUAGCAUGGGUAAUGCUAAGAGAAAGUGGAGUAGUGGAGACAGUCGGCUGUUCCUGUAUCGCCGGAUUAGGGAGAUCAUGUAGUCAUGCGGCUGCUAUUCUGUGGAAGGUGCAGAAUGCUGCGAUCAGUGGAAAGACAGGGCUUGCGUGUACAGACGAGCAGCGCAGGUGGAAUGCAGGGACAGCAAAGAACCUUGAACCUAAACGUCUAAGCCAGAUAAACUUCAGACAUCACAGGGCAGAGCAGCAGUACGAUGUGAACUCCCAGACUGCAGUGACACAAUCUCUUCCUAACACACCAUAUCACCUUACACAUCAAGACUUUAUUGACAGUGUUAGCAAAGCACCAGUGAAGCCACUUUUCCUCCUCAAGAACACAUUAAUUGGAAAGUGUUACAAUGCCUCGCCAUCUGCAGGUCCUCACCGCAACAGUAAAGUUGAUGAGCAAUUUUUUCAGCCACACCAAGCACACAGUUACAAACUAAGCUGUAAUCCAUGCAGGGCAUUCUACCAGGCAUGCAUUCAAGUUUCUGAAGAGCAAGCAGAACAAUUACAAGAAGAAACAAAAGAGCAAAGUGCAUCUGAUUUGUGGCACAACUGCAGGAAAAUCAGACUUACAGCAAGCUCCGCUAAAAAAGUUCCAGUACGUGCCACCACAAAAAAUGACAAAUUUUUAUCUGAGCACAUGUAGCCUUCCUUUCGUGGGAAUUAUGAAACAAACUAUGGUAAAGAAAAUGAAGUUAGAGCUUGUCAUCAGCUGAAAGAACAGGGUAUGAACAUCCGUCACAUGGGUAGUGUUAUCAGCAUCCAGGAGCCAUGGCUCUCUGCGAGUCCUGACGGGGUCAUUGACUCAGAUGUGCUUCUAGAAAUAAAAUGUCCUGUGCCGACUUAUCCUUCACUCAUGGAGCAGCUUACCCAGAAAUACAGCGAUAUCAAACUGGUAGAUGGAGAACUGCAGCUGCAGAAAACUGGCAGCAGAGGCUAUUACAUGCAAGUGCAACUUACAAUGUUUUGCACAGGGCUCAAGACUGCCACACUUGUGAUCUGGACACCUAGUGAGCAUGUUUCAUUUACAGUGCAAUAUGAUGAAGCAUUUGUAAAGGAACAAGUAAAGCGCUUGAGAGGGUUUUACUUUUCAUAUUUCUUACCUCGACUUGUAGAGGAGUAUGCAGCAGGACGGUUUCAGUUGAAUGAGAGAUACUUGAAGAUAAUGGGCAAGGUUUAAUGCAUGUUACAACUAUAAAUGGGACAGUCAGACACCAACAUGUCUGCAGAGUUUGGUCUCUGUCUUGUGAAUGAAAGGAGACAUUCAAUAUGAAAUCUGUUAAAUAUUUCAAUACAACUAAAAUGUACAUAGUUGUAACAUGGUGGGAAAUGAAUGACAAACUGACAACAAUAAAUGUUGUGAAUAGUUCUGUAUUUCUGUAAUCUUCCAACACAAAAAAAUGUCAAGAAUGCACAACUAAUUAUUGUAGAUUUGAGAAAAACAUUUUUUUUCAUUUGAAGAACUU